GGAAUUAUCUUCGCAGCGUGAUGGACCUUGUGGAUGCGAACGCGGAAGACUUCUUUGCGUCCCUAAAUGCAGGGAGCGCGGCUGCGUUCUUGCCACAGCCAGUGGAAGAACCAAUGGUCAAGAAACCGAAAGUUGGUAUGGGUGCGAUGGCGACCACGGCCAUGAAGUACGACAUGUCGGCGCAACCGAAACCAUCGUCGGUAUCGAUUCUGGUGCCCCCACCGCGCGUCACGGUGUCGACUAUCCAGGAUCCGAAAGAACCACAGCUGCCCAUGGAAGACCGUAUUGCGAAUCUUCUUGUGCCGGACAUGAAAGUUGGAGACGUGAUCCAACUUAUCAAAAAGAUGAAGCAGGCGGGCAAGUCCGACGCGGACGAGUUUUCGGAACUCGAUGCGGAAAUGAACUCGGCGCCGCGAUUUGUGUGCGACGUGUGCGGCAACACGGAACAACACAACUAUAUCACGGACUACGCACGUGGAGACACGGUGUGCAUGGGACCCGACGGCAAAGGGUGCGGAAACGUCGUGCAGGACCACAUCGUCCACGAAGGUAGCGCGUACCGAAAGUUUGAAGGCGAGGAAGACAAGAGUCAUCACGGCCCAGCGCCCAACAAGCUCUUCUCGAUGGGGCACAACCUUCGCACGAUGAUUUCGCAGGACGGUGAACAAUCGGCAAAUCUGCGGCGCGCGUCCGAGUUUGUCGAGAUGAACUUGAGUCAGAUGGGCAAGGAUGAGCGGCGGACGCGUAUCGGGUAUAAAGAUCAGAUGAAACAAAAAGCGUGCCGUCUCAUCGACCACACCGGCGCCAAUUUGGACUUGCAUGAGAUUGUGUGCAACCGCGCAAAGAAAAUGUUUGCCGAGUUUCGCGACCUCCGCGAGCACGUGCACCAGUUCGAAGCGGUCGUUGCGGGCUGCAUCAUCGACGCGUACAUGACGACGGGGAAGGAGAUGUACCAGGCGCAGACGUCGAUCAAGAUCGGCAAGUUCAAGCAAGCUGGGAUUGCCCAGCUCACGUUGGCACCCAACAAGGCCGUCGAUGAAAAGAAACUCCAUCCGUUUCACUGCAAAGCGUGCGGACUCACGUUCAACGCGAAGCGUGCGUUGCAAUUCCACACAUGCGAGGGCAAGGCGACAAGCGACAACGGCACCAACGCGUCGACGGCAGCGGUCGAAUUGACGCCCCUCGAAGGCCCGGACGACUCGGCGGCCCCCGUCCGCGACGUCCGCGAUGGCAAAGAAUGGUUCCAGUGCCCCGUGUGCCCACGCAAGUACGAACGGCGCGAGGCCGCCGUCGAACACAUGACGCGACACAAAAAACAGAGCGAGAAACGCAAGCUCCAUAUUGAGACGGCCACGAUGGACUCGACGCGGUUCCUCAAGACCAAUUCGCUCGCGAGUGCCAACCCGAGCGUUCAAGUCAACACGCACGAGCAAGUGCUGUUUCGAGGCCAGGGCCGACGCCCGUGGCUCCAGAGCAAGCUCGAGCAGUAUCAGCAACAGCAGGAACUGUUACAGAGGCGUGACGACGAGACGAAAGGCGAUUAACAAUUCAACGACGACUCGCAUUUCCAACGAGCCCAUGCAUGUGGCUGGGGCGAGCGGCCAUCCCAUUGAGAAGUGAGCACAUUCAUGGAUAUUCAUCACUCCUGAAGGACGCAGUACACGUCCUUCGCAACUUGCUCAAGCUCGGGAUCUAGUAACUUCAGGUAGCUCGUUGGGGCGGUUAUUUUGAAGAUAACGUAGAGGAAGAUGCUGGCGCAUUAAAGCAUGAGAAUGGGAAAGACAGGAGUGCGCUGGGACGAGAA